CGGUCAGAUCACAGCACACCUACCCAACCAAAGCCUGCCUAGCUAGUGCCAACCAAGCUACGCAGCUCAAGCUCGACCCGAUCGAUGGCCGGGAGGAAGCAGGCGACGAUGGCGAGCGCGGCGGCCGUGGCGCUGCUGCUGGCCAUGGCGGCCGUGUCGGGCGCCGGCGCGGCGCCCGGCCCGCUGAUGAUGUGCAAUGUGGACGUGUACCGCAUGAUCGGCGCGUGCAGGUCGUACUGCGCGAGAGGCAGCUGGGAGGCCACGCCGAGCGGCCAGUGCUGCGCCGCGCUCAGGGGAGCCAACCUCCGGUGCGUGUGCCAGAACAAGGGCCUGCUCGCGUCCGCGGGCAACAUCGACGCCCGCCGCGCCAUGCAGAUCCCCUCCAAGUGCGGCAUCGGCAACGUGCCCAGCCGGUGCUAGAGCCAUCGGACCGGCUGGUGAUCCAUCCACAGACGCGCGCAUUCCUUCUCUCUCUCUCUCUCUCUCUUUUUUUUUUGCAUUAAGCAAAUAACGGCGUGCGAUCGAUGAUCGAUCGAUCGGCCGUCUGCGAUGAUUCUUCUUUUAUAGUUCGCGGUUCUCGAUUUAGAUUGAGCUUUCGUUUCGUACGUUCGUGCAUGUGCUGAUCGAGCUAGUCGUGCAAAUCGUACAUGUAUCCUCUUGUGAAUCAGUCCUUUCUUUUGUAUUCUGUACCGGUGUGUUGCCGGCUGUACCGUACGUGUGUGAUGCACAAUCGCAUACGCUACCGUUCAUUGUUAUGGAAUCGCAUUCGGUACUCAUCAAUUAUUAUCA